UCCGCGUGGUGCUUCCGAUCUUAGAGCAACACGUGCUAUUGGAGUGGUGCGCUUUCGAGCUCUGUUCGAUUCUGUAUAUUGUUUGAUUGUCUCUCACGAUUAUAGUCGGGUGACUUGGGACAAUUGUGAUAGAGCGAGGUCUCCCUAAUCAUGGGAAUUCAGAAACGCAAGGGAACCGCGGGAGCUGCCACAGCUUUCGUGUCCCGAGGCAAGGCGAUCAAGAAACUCCAGCUCUCACUCAAAGACUUCAGACGGCUAUGCAUCCUCAAAGGAAUAUAUCCAGUGGAGCCGAGGAACAAGAACAAGGCGGGGGGACAAUUGAAAACCUACUACCUGGCAAAGGACAUCAGAUUCCUCGCUCACGAGCCGAUCAUCACCAAGUUCCGCGCGAUGAAAAUUUUCGCCAAAAAGCUGCGAAGGGCGAUUGACAAACGGAUGAAAGAAAAAGAACAGACCGUUCGUAAUAAUGAGCCCACCUACAGACUCGACCACAUUGUGAAAGAAAGAUAUCCAACUUUCAUCGAUGCUAUUCGCGACUUGGACGAUGCCUUGUCAAUGUGUUUCCUGUUCGCAACUCUACCGAAGUCUGGCCUCUAUAAAUCUGAAAUUCUCCAAUUGUGCCGCAAAUUGAGCGUCGAAUUCAUGAACUACGUCGUUGAAUCGCGAUCACUGAUGAAGUGCUUCAUCUCCAUCAAAGGCUUCUACUAUCAGGCGAAUAUCCAGGGUCAAACUGUAACCUGGGUAGUCCCGCACGGCUUCCCUCAGACAGGCGACGAUGUCGACGCGAGGAUUAUGACUACAUUCACGGAAUUUUACGUGACGCUGCUGGGCUUCAUCAACUACAAAUUGUAUACCAAUUCGAACCUUGUCUACCCUCCUAAAUUGGCUAUCGAGAAAGUAAACGCCCGAGACGAGGAGCUCUGUGAUGGCGAGGACGCCAAGGACGACUAUCUGGAAACGCUGACUACUGCACUGAAAACCGUAGUGAAAGAUAUGGACGAAGAUGCUCAAAUCGACAACUUCGACGAUGUCGACGCGCUCGGUGUUCACCAGUCUGCCGAAGCCGAUCGCUGUUUCCGGAACCUCUUCAGUAAACUCAAGGUAUUCCUCAACCGAGAAGUUCCACGAGAGCCCUUCACCUUCGUCCUCCGUUGUUUCGGCGCUCAGGUUUCGUGGGACGCAUAUGUUUUCCCGGGCGCGGCGUUCGACGAGAAGGACACAUCGAUCACCCAUCACAUCGUUGACCGACCAGUUUUGAGCCACAAAGUCAUCAACAGGUACUACGUCCAGCCUCAGUGGGUUUUCGACUGCGUGAACGCGCGUCGUCUGCUUCCUGUGGAGGAGUACUUCCCUGGGGUUGAAUUGCCCCCUCACUUGUCGCCGUUCGUCGAACGGAAAGAGGGCGCCUAUGAACCGCUGAGCAAGGAAGAAAUGACUCGAAGGAUCGAGGAAGAGAAUGAAGACAGGGACGCAGAUCAGGUCGAGCGACAACCCCCCGCCAAGAAAGCGAAGAAAGAAGUGAACGAGGGUCCGAGUCCCAAGAAGAUGUCAGUGAAGAAAGGAAAACCAGUUAAAGUAGACAUCGAUCGAGCCGAGAAGAUGAUGUCGGCUGAAGAGAAGAAGUUGGCGGUUAUGAUGAUCCCUAAGAAGGAUAAGAGAUUGUUCGACUCUAUCAACAAGAAGAAAAAGAUGGAGAAGCGAGACGUCAAUCGUCUCGUCAAGAAACGCGAAGAGAUAAUCCAGAUGAAGAGAAAGAACCUGAAAUCGGGCUCUCGAUGAGCAUAGUCUCUCGGUGGAGGGACUCCGUUCUUGAAUA